CACAAUUGUUCAGGCCUCGGUGCCUUGGCGUAUUUAACACAUUUCCGCCGUUGUGCUGUUCUUUGUGAUAAUGUCGGCUGAACAUGAGGAUAGACCUAGAGACAAUGGCCCCGAGGGCAUGGAGCCAGAUGGAGUCAUUGAGGGCAACUGGAAGGAAGUCGUCGAUAGUUUCGAUGACAUGAACCUCCGUGAGAAUCUUCUCAGAGGAAUCUAUGCCUAUGGUUUUGAGAAACCUUCUGCUAUUCAGCAGAGGGCUAUUCUCCCUUGUAUCAAGGGAUACGAUGUCAUUGCACAGGCUCAGUCUGGCACAGGGAAGACUGCCACCUUUGCCAUUUCCAUCCUGCAGCAGAUUGACAUUGAGAUGAAAGCAACACAGGCCAUGGUCCUGGCCCCCACCAGAGAACUUGCCCAACAAAUCCAGAAGGUAGUCCUUGCUCUUGGAGACUACAUGGGCGCUACCUGCCACGCCUGCAUCGGUGGAACCAAUGUCCGUAAUGAAGUUCAGAAGUUGCAGGCAGAUGUGCCCCACAUUGUUGUGGGCACUCCUGGGCGUGUUUUUGACAUGCUUAACCGACGGUAUCUCUCUCCCAGACACAUCAAGCAGUUUGCACUGGAUGAAGCUGACGAGAUGUUGAGCCGAGGGUUUAAGGACCAAAUCUAUGAAAUUUUCCAGAAGUUGUCUUCGGACAUUCAGGUGAUUCUGCUGUCGGCCACCAUGCCACAGGAAGUGCUGGAUGUCACCUCUAAAUUUAUGCGCGAUCCUGUGAGGAUCCUUGUCAAGAAAGAGGAGCUGACCCUGGAGGGUAUUCGUCAGUUCUACAUUAAUGUGGAGAAGGAGGAGUGGAAGCUUGACACUCUGUGCGACCUGUACGAGACUUUGACCAUCACGCAGGCUGUUAUCUUCAUCAAUACUCGCCGGAAGGUGGAUUGGCUGACUGAGAAGAUGCAUGCUAGAGAUUUUACAGUCUCUGCUUUGCAUGGGGACAUGGACCAGAAGGAGCGAGAUUUGAUCAUGAAGGAGUUCCGCUCUGGUUCCAGUCGUGUGCUAAUCACCACUGAUCUGCUGGCUCGAGGCAUUGAUGUACAGCAGGUUUCCCUGGUUAUCAACUACGAUCUUCCCACCAACAGAGAAAAUUACAUCCACAGGAUUGGGCGUGGUGGUCGUUUCGGCAGGAAAGGUGUUGCCAUCAACAUGGUUACAGAAGAUGACAAGCGCACGCUCCGGGACAUUGAGACAUUCUACAACACCACUGUGGAGGAAAUGCCCAUGAAUGUGGCUGACUUGAUCUAAAAACUUUUCCCACUCCUCUCUCUUCACUUUGCAUUCCUUUAGCGCCUUUUUUUUUGGACUCAUACCCAGUCCCCAACCCCCUCAAAAUCCCAGCGUCCAACACCCAACGAUCAGUACUCUACUGCUCUAUAGAGCAAAACAUGAUAUACAUUGUAUUUGGAAAAACUGAGUGUUCUGAGGAUUUGUGAUUGAAUUUUGGAGUGAGCCUUGCGCAAUGAAGCUGUUCCUUAAACGAGGUGUGCCAUCCACAAUUUUAAAGUGAGCUGUGCAGGGCAUGUUUGUUUUUUUGUUUUUCUUUUUGGCUAAAGAGCUUUGCACCAAGCUUUGAUCGAAACGCCCUCUCAUUUGCCAUAAAUUGUGGUUGCUCUCAUAGUUUAUCAUGUUUACAUAGGGUGUUGGUAACACAGUCCCAUAUCUGGAGCCUUUUGCUCUCAGCUAGGUGUUCAGAUAGGGAUCCAUCAUGUAUUCCCAGUAUAACUCUGCUGUUUGUUGGGCAGAGUGUGUGCAGGGAGCAUGUGUGCAUAUUGCAGUGCCCAAAUAGUUCCUGCUCUCAAUUAGCUUAUUCUAUUGCACAGCUGGGAGGAGAAUAAUUGUUAUACUACCAAACUGUUGAUCACUUCCUUUUUUUUUUUUUUUUUUUUGUUAAACCACUUGUAUAGUGCUGUCUUGUAGUAGCAUUUUCCUCUGAAUAGAUAUUUCUUAUUUCACUGAUGGGCAGGUGACUAAAUGUGAUAAAGAAGACAGGUUACCACCACAUGGCGUAUUGUAUAGAUUCACUGUAUUAAGUCCUUAUGUAUUGGAGUGUCGCUCCAGUAACCUACCUCACCAAAAUAUAUUGGAGGGGUCUUUAAAGGACCAAACUACAAAUGAUUGAGUAUAUAGAGAUUAUAAUGUUACUUUUUUUCUGCUUGUUGAAAUGCCUGUCUUGUGGGGAUGUGGGGUUUACAUUGGUCAGUGCUAUUUUUAAAUGAAUUUAUUAAGAAUGUGAUUGUUAACCUUUUUCAAACAGAAGCCGUGUAUUAAACUUUUUCUACAUUGGAUUCUGUAUAGUAUUUAUUUUAAUUCUCUUAAAUAAAGGUAUUUCUUUUUAACAAGUCAAAA